CAUCGAUGCAAUUCGGGAAAAAAAGGAAAACGUGGGAACUGGAAUAUCCCCACUUCUCCGCGGAACCCCCCACCAUUUCUCCUCUCUGCUCUCAAGCUCGCUCGCACCAAUGGCCGGCUCCCGGCUCGUCCAUCUCUUCCUUCUCAUCCUCUUCUUCCCCUCCCUCCGCGCCGCCCCCAACACCACCGCCGUGGUGUCCAGGAUCGCAUUUGGCUCCUGCGCCAACCAGAGCGCGCCCCAGCCCGUGUGGGAGGCCAUCGUGGGGUUCGACCCGCAGGUCUUCAUCUGGCUCGGGGACAACGUCUACGGGGACAACAAGCGCCCGUUCCGGGUGUUCGGGAGGGAGCGCACGGUGGGGCCCUGGAGGAACGUGCCGCGCUUCUACCCGGCGACCGAGGAGGAGCUGCGCCGGAAGUACGAGCUGGCCAAGGCUAACCCGGGGUACGCCAAGCUGAGGGAGAGGGCUAGGGUCAUUGGAACAUGGGAUGACCAUGAUUAUGGAGUGAAUGAUGCAGGAAAGGAAUAUAGUGGAAAAGUGUUAUCCCAAAGGCUUCUAUUAGAUUUCCUGGAUGAAGACGAAGACAGCCCACGGAGGAAACAAGCAGGUGUUUAUGCCUCAUACAUGUUUGGCCCCGAAGGAAAACGUGUAAAGGUAAUAAUGUUGGACACCAGAUAUCACAGAGACCCACUCUUAAGUGAUGGAACUAUACUUGGAGAUCCUCAGUGGCAGUGGCUGGAGAGGGAGCUACGUGGUCCUCAGUCAGAGAUGACCAUCAUUGGAUCUUCAAUUCAGGUGGUGUCCAAUCUUUCUGCCACCACUCGACCUUUGUUCUAUGUGGAGUCUUGGGCACGCUUUCCGAGGGAAAGAGAACAGCUGUUUAGACUGAUCGAUAGCAGUAAGAGAAAUGGGGUCUUAUUUAUUAGUGGUGAUGUUCAUUUUGGAGAAAUCGCUCGUUUUGACUGCGGUGUUCAAUAUCCAUUGUAUGAUAUUACCUCGAGUGGUCUUACUCAGUCUGUCGAGAAUUCUGUACCAGCAAUAUUUCAAUCUGUUAUGAGACUUCUGGCUUGGCUGACACCAACCCCCAUGCGAGUCUUCAGCCCUAACUGCCGUCACAAAUCAUGCUCAUAUGGUCAGCCAAAUUUUGGAGCAAUCGAAAUAGAUUGGAAUGCAGUAACUCCAUGGGUUAAAAUUGAACUAAGAGAUUUACAGGGCAAUUCCGUUGAUGGUGUGGAGUUCCCUAUAUCUGAGCUGAAGCCAUCAAAUGCACAUGCAAACAAAAAAGAAGGGCAUUCUUUUGAAGCACAUUGUAGUCUCGAAACAGAGCUUCCAUGGCUGGUACGGUACCGCCUUGCGAUGCUGUUCUUUGGCACCAUUGCCGUUUUUGUCGUUGCUUUGGUGCUUGUCGGAAUCGCUUGCUGUUCAGCUACUAAAAUGUUUACUAGGAAGUGCAAGAUGGCAUAGCUACACAUGACAGUGGACAAGAGCAGAGACUUUUCGAUCUGACUAGUGUUGGACACUGACCAGGUGAGCAGGGAUGUUGAUUGGCCAAGGAUCAACAUGACACUUACUUGAUUGUGAAUAUAGCACGCUGUGAGCACAUACUGGAAAGUGUAACGAAGCUGUGACGAGUCUUCAUAUAGGUGGAGAAAUGAUGCCAUGGAAAUCCGUUUGGUUGGCAAUGAAUGAACAAAUAUACGGGUUUAUUUGUUUGUUUUCUA